UAUUGGAUACAGGCUUUGGUGAAGUAGGCGUUGGAGUUACGUUUGUUUUCAACACGUUUUGGGGGAAGCCUUCAGAAAGAUCUAAGUAUGGCAGAACACUGCACGAACGACCAACAACAAACAUUCAACAAGCCUAAGGUGGAGCUCCACGUCCACUUGGAUGGCGCCAUCCGUAUAGAGACCAUUCUGGACGUGGCCAAGCAACGGGGCAUCUCGUUACCGGUGGAUACGGCUCAUGCCCUGAAAGGUCUCUGCACUGUGUCCACGCCGGCCACCCUGACAGAAUUCCUCGGCAAGUUCGCCCAAUACAUGCACGUCAUCGCAGGAGACCGCAAGGCCAUUAAGCGGAUUGCCUAUGAGUUUGUGGAGACCAAAGCCAAAGAGGGCGUGGCCUACGUGGAGGUGAGAUACAGCCCCCACUUCCUGGCCAACAGCGGAGUGGAGCCCAUCCCCUGGGAACAGACAGAAGGAGACAUCACGCCAGAUGAGGUGGUGAGGCUGGUGAACGAGGGUUUGAGCGAGGGAGAGAAAGCCUUCAAAAUCAAAGCCAGGUCCAUUCUGUGCUGCAUGCGCCACAUGCCAAGCUGGUCCAUGGAUGUGGUGGAGCUAUGCAAGAAGUACCGUAAUGAUGGGGUGGUGGCCAUCGACCUGGCUGGAGACGAGUCCCUGAACUGUGUGGCGUAUCCCGGCCACCAGAGGGCCUACGAGGAAGCAGUCAAAUGUGGAAUCCACAGAACAGUGCAUGCGGGUGAAGUAGGCCCUCCCUCUGUUGUGAAGGAGGCAGUGGAUGUUCUGAAGGCCGAGAGGAUCGGGCACGGCUACCACACUAUAGAGGACCCGACUCUCUACCGCCGCCUGCUGGAUGACAACAUGCACUUUGAGAUGUGCCCGAUUUCCAGCAAACUUACAGGAGCAUGUGACCCAGACUUCACCAAACAUCCCCUCGUCAGGUUUAAGAAGGACAAAGCCAACUAUUCCCUCAACACUGAUGAUCCACUCAUAUUUGACUCCACAUUGGACACAGACUAUGAGACUGUGAAGAAACAUAUGGGCUUCACUGAGGAUGAUUUCAAGACACUGAACAUCAAUGCAGCCCAGGCCAGCUUCCUUCCUGAGAAGGAGAAGAAGGACCUGCUGAAUCUCCUGUACGAAGCCUACAACAUGGUGGAAAGCACAGGCCUGUAGAAAUGCCCCCACAGGAGAAAGGGAGAGAGAGAGAGAGGGAAGGGGAAGGAGAAGGAGAGAGGGAGAGGAGGACAGAGGGAAGAAAGCGAGCUCUAUACAAGAAUGAUAAAGCGGAAUGGGCCGUUUCUCUUUCAGUCUACCCCUCCCACACACACACACACACACUUGGAGAACCACGUGGUCACACAUGCAGCAUUCACACCUCAACAGUACACAGGAACACAGAGUGUGUGGCUCCGCAAGCCAACCAAGGGCAGAGCACACUGGUGCUGCUAGUCUCACGUCAUCAGUCUCAGGGAAAGGUGUCUCUUAUAACCACUUGUACCACACUAUAAAACACACACACACACACACACACACACACACACACACAAACCAUGUCUUUAUGGAUGCUCGUUUAAAAGAAUGUAAGCGUCGUGAAGAUCAACUUUUUUUACAAUUAGCAUUUUUAUGUCAUUAAGUCGCAUCCGUAUCCAGCCUUACAGUCAUAAGUUGUCCGUACUCAUUCACACUCCUUUUUUUUGUACACACACACACACACACACACACACACACACACACACACUCCAGUUUCCAUACGUACAUUGCACUGUGCUUGAUGUCCAUCAUAGUGUUUCUGAUGAAGCUCUCCACCAAAGGUUCCCUCCUGUCACAGAGAGAUCUGCACCUGCAGCUCUCGUUCUAUACCUAGCACAGGAUUCUAACCGCUUUUUUUUUUUUAAUUUUGUGAUUUUUAUAUUUUGUUUUAUACUACUAAUGAAAUAUGAGAUGUGUUCAGAAGAUAAGAAGACUGGUUUGGUUAUAAUCAUCUCAGUCCAGGUGGAGUUCAAGCAUUUAAAAUAUGUUUUUUUUUUUAAGCUUUGAGUCCCUGGGGACUAGAAGUGUUUCUGCUUCCUCCAGAGAUCCAGUGGGAAGUGCCAUCUAACAUAUAGCUUGACAAUAUACAGCAUGACCUAAGCUAAGGGACUCAGUAAAUAAAAUGACUAAUAAUUG